AUGUAUUCAACAGAUCCUAGAUUGCAAUAACAAUUUGGUCAAUAAACUAAUCAGUUCCAGGUUUCACCUAGAUAAAAUCAGUUUGUAAUGAAAAAUAAAAAUGUUCAUUAGGUUCAAUCUCCAAGACAAUUUUAGUAAUCUCCAAAUUAUAACAACGGUUAAAUGAUAUCUCCUUAAUAAAGAUAGUUAAUGGUUAUUAUUGUGUUAAAAAGUUUUUAGGGAUCACCUCAAUCACAACAGAUGAAACAGCUACAAUUACAAUAAAGUCCGAUUAUACCAACGAGAUAGACACAAUAAAACCCCAUAAACAUGUCAAAUCCUAAAACCAUUAGACCAACAAAUUAAUCCUAAAAAGUUGGUCAAAGUUCACAAGUAAAUUUAAUAAUUAAUCUAUGAUUAGUCAUCGUAACCUUAAGUGUAGGCUUAGGAAUUUAGACAUAUAGAGAGACCUUUGCAAGUAGUAAAAGCUGAUGGUAAAAGUUCUAAUCGAUUUUAAAAGAUAUUGAGGCUCCUUGGAAAUCAAAAUGUGCAGCUUUGGAAAGAUAAAUUUUAGAGUUAUAAAUUCAAAUUAAAAAGAACAAUGGCACAAUUAUCGAGGAAAAUGUACAAGAAGUGUAAGAUGACACAAAGGUUAAGAACUUGUUAAACUUAAAGCAAGAAUUAGAAAAAAAGAUAUCUGACGAUGAAGAAUUUAUGAAAGAAUUAAGAUUAAAAUUGUAAGAGCUAUAGGAAGAAUAUCAAGUUAUAAUUACAGAAAAAGUUACUUAUGCAUCAAAUGAAGUAGAAACUUGGAUGAAGAAAUACACAAAUUUAGAAAAAAAUUAUAAGGAAAGUUAAUAAAAGAUAUCAGAUCUUAAAAGAUAAUUAGCAUAGGUUGAAGCAGCUGAUAAAGCAGCAUAGGAUUAAAAGAAAAUGGAUGCAAAAUCAGAAGUUAGAAAAAGUUCUAAAAUCUUUUGA